UGGAGCGCACGCGGGCUGAGAGGAGGAGCUGCUGUGCGGAGGAAUACCUGAGAGCUGUGUUUACAGCUGAGCUCUGAUUACACUACAGCUCUGUACACACUGACUGGAGCAUUAUGAUCUCCCGGUGGAGCCACUCGAUCCUGUGACCAAUGGCAACAGUCCAAGCCCUACCGCUGAGUCGAGACCCCAGCAAGAGCAUCAGCUCCCUUUACCCAGCAUCCUCUUUGGCUUCGUCCGACUGUAUCAUGGGUAGUGUGGGCAGUUUGAUCGAAUCUCCAGACGUUUCUCCCACCAAAAGCAACCGAGCGGUCCCUCAGGUGCCGGAGCGUCCGAGCAACGGGCUGCUGAAGAAGGGCUUCAACCAGAGAGAGCUGCUGAAUUACCUCAACAUCACCAAGAAAGAGUCUAAAGCAGGCAAGCACAUCAUCUCUGGCACCUCCUCCAUCAAGAGGGAGCACUCCAGCGAGGAGGAGAGCGUCUACGCCAAGGUCUACCAUAAAGACGGGCGGGAGGUGGACGUGGGCAAGAACUCGCUCCCCAUCGGUGGCAAGUUUGACAAGCCUCGUCUCAGGCCGUCUGCGUUUAAACCUGUCACUCCAAAGAACUUCAGCUCCGUCCAGAACCUCUACCCGUCCAAACCUGAGGAUCUGGGGAGCAGCAGCAAGACGGCCACCAAGUCACUGUCCACGUCCUCCUCCUCCUCGUCCCCGUCCCGCGGGGCCACCAGCGCCAACAAAGGGGUCCUGGCGACCCCCCGGGCCCUGAGCCAGGAGGGCGAGGAGACGGCGUCCGACUCGGGACACAACUCCAUGAGCAGCCUGCCCCCGUACCGCCCCCCUUACCGCCCCCACCUGUCCCACAUCAGCGCCUCCAUGGGCCACAUCGACCACAUCGGCUCCCUGGACCGGGCCUCGCUGGGCUCGGGGGGCGGCGGCGGGCCGGCGGGGCGCAGCAUGGCCACGCUGGGCCGAUUACAGUGCUACAGCACCGGCAGCGAGGCUCCGCCCCCUUACGAGCUGUCGCACUCUCUGGAGGAGGUGGUGAGGGAGCUGGAGGAGCGUCUGCAGGAGAAGGAGCACGAGCUGCGGCAGAUGAGGAGGAACCUGGACGAGAGCGAGGACGCCAUCGCACAGGUGUUUGAGGGGAAGCAGCGUCUGUGGGAGAAGGAGGUGACGGAGCUGAAGCAGCUGUACGCCACUAAACUGCGGCAGGUCUCUCAGCAGUCUCAGCGUGCUCAGCGCACGCUGCAGCUGCAGAUGUACAAGGUGCAGCAGGAGCGCAGCCGGCUGCAGGACGAGCUCCAGGCCCUGCGACUCGAGUGCCAGAGCCUGAAGAAGAACGGAGCUGCAGCCAGCAGCCACGAGCUCCACCCAGAGCUGGAGGAGACACAGUGGGAGGUGUGUCAGAAGACGGGCGAGAUCUCCCUGCUGAAGCAGCAGCUGAGGGACUCUCAGGCCGAGGUGACGCAGAAGCUGAGUGAGAUCUUCCUGCUGAAGACUCAGCUGAGGGAGAGUCGGGGCGAGGUGAAGGACAGGGACCGACAGCUGGAUCUGCUGCAGCUGGCCCUGCAGUCCGAGCGCCGCAAGGGCGGCGCGUUCGACGACGGCCAGCCAACCCAGGAGAGCCAGCAGUCCAGAGCCACGGAGGAGCGUCUGAGGGCGGAGCUGCUGCUGGAGCGGCGGCAGAGCGAGGCCCAGGCCUCCGCCUUCGAGGCGGAGAGGAACACCUGGCAGCUGGAGAAGGAGAAGGUGAUUCGCUACCAGAGAGAGCUGCAGGCCAGCUACCUGGAGAUGUACCACAAGAACGAGAGCCUGGAGAGAGAACUGAUGCUGCUCAGAGGGGGCGUGGGCGGAGCGGAUGCGAAUGGGGGCGGGGCUUCAGAGGAAGAGGAGAAACAGCCUUCGGGUCUUCCCUGGAUCGAAAGGAUUGAGUCCUCAGAGAUCUGAAUGUGUACAGUAUGUGUGAAGGUGGAUUUCCAGAGGAAAAGUGAUGCACUGGAUUCUGCUCAUCAUUUCUACAGUUCUAUAAUAAUAAUAAAUUAUAUAACUGCUUAAUAAUUACAUGUUUGGUGUAAUAUGUGUAAUACAUCAUUUGUAUCAAGUUAAUCCAGUGCAUUACUGAUCAGCACAGCACAGUUUGGUGUGAGUUCUUGCUCAGAAACCCUUGUUCAGCAUUGAAUCACUGCACAUGCCUACAUGAUGGUGCCCCAUGCCUACAUCUCUACAUUAGGCAUGGCAAAAGUUAUUUUCCUGGACCUUUAGACAUUUUAGUUUUUUUUAUCCAUUAAAGCAGGUGUGAAACUUGCUGUGAACCACAGUUGUUUUUUUUACAAUUUGGUCUCAGUGAAUUUAUCCAGGUCAAUUAAUCCAUGGUCUGGUUCAUUUGCAGUGUGAAAGCACUGUUUUGCAGAUUUUUUGUUCUGACUUUUGAGGCAGGCUAUUGUAACCUUUUAAACAAUAGAAGAAGAAAAAGAACAGGUGUUGUGUCAAAAUUCAACUCCUCUUCAAUUGGCAUCUCAUACAGCAGUAUAAGUAUAUCUGAUUACUGUGCUGAUACUUCUGUAUCUACUGUAACUGUAGAUUAACCCUUAUUUAUAAACAGAGAUAAUACAUCUGAGGGAGUCAGACUGUUCUACACUAUAGCUUUUCAGAGCCAAUAUUCUGAAAUGCUGAAUCCAAAGCUGCUCUGCACUGCUCUUCCAGAACUGUCUAGUGGGUUUGCACUCCCAGGUGUUUGAUGGACAUUGAUGGAGUGCCACCGAAACGUUAGCCCUUAUUAUGAGGGCCUUACUAGUCCUCAUAAGAGCGGCAAAAUGGGAUCCUCAAAUCACAACUCUCAAAUGAUCUGAAAACAAAGAUUGUUCAACACCAUGGUUUAGAGGAAGGAUAAAAAUGCUUUCAGAGAUUUCUGAAGGAUGGUGAGAACAGUCAGUCAUAUGAUAUGAAUAUUAUUGAAAACCUGUGGUGUGAUUUAAAGCUGGCUUUUCUUGCUCAGAAACCAUCAAACCUGACUGAACUGGAGAUGUUUUGUAAAGAAGAAUUAUGCAAAAUACCUUCAACCAGAAGCCAGACUUUCAUUGGAAGCUAUAGGAAGCUUGUAGGGUGCCCAAAUUUAUGCACCUGCCUAAUUUAGUUUAAAGAAUUAUUGCAUUUCUCUUCUUAAAUAUCACUGUGUUUAUCUGCUAUAUGAUAUAUGUGAUUGAAAUUGCUGAUCUGAACAACCAGUAAUUUAUAAAGAAAAAUCAUGACAGCUAUCAGGGGUACCAACAUUUUUAAUACCACUGUACUUUAAUUUCAAAGUAGGGGUGGGCGAUAUGGCUCUAAAAUAAUAUCACGAUAUUUCAGGGUAUUUUUGCGAUAACGAUAUACUUGGCGAUAUAGAAAAAACAGAGAAAUAAUUAAUUAAUUUCAGGAAUAUAGUCUAAGAGUAUAACAGCAUAAACAUAAUGUGGCAAAAUAAAUAAUAUAGCAUAAAAUAAUAUAAUGCAGCAAAAACUAUUGCAGAAUAUUUAGUGCAUGCAUAUAAACUGCAAACUAAAACAAUUAUACAAUAAAUACACCUAAAGCUUCACAGUAAAUAAUAGACUACUUUUAAGACAGAACAGCCCUAUUAUCACAAUAUGGAUUUUUAAUAUCAUGAUAUUUCUGUGUCACGAUAUAUUGUAUACGAUAUAAUAUUGCCCACCCCUAUUUCGAAGUACAUCUCAAUUUGGCUAAUUUUUUUUUUUUUUUAAUAAAAAAAUUGGAUAGUGCUCACAGUAAGCUCCAGGUUGACCUGCUGAUUAAUUAGUUAACAGAUGAUUGAUAGGGUCACUAAGGGUUUAAAAGCAGGUAUUGAGAACAUUACCCAGCUCUAGCUGUGACACAACACAAUGCCUGCUUUCUUCCCACAGUCCUGCUGCCUGUUUCCAUAGAAAGUGAAUAUAAGGCAUCUUGCUCCACUGCAGAAUGAGUGAAUUAAAUUCAGUACAAGUGUUCGGACAAGGAACUCUAACCAAAAACUGUGCUGAACUCUCUGGGACCAGAACUGGACAGCCCUGGACUCUAUUACUGAAACUGGACAGACUCAAAAGGAGUGAUCUGACACUGAAAGACGAUGCUGGCGGACGCUAAGAGUGUCCCACUUUCAUUUCUGUGUGAAUGAAUAUAUUAUAUUUCGUCUGAUCCUGUAAAGCGAAUGCAUAAGAACAGCUGAGAGAUUAUUCCGUGUUCCGGUCGGAUUUAAAGGGAUAUUAUUUUCAUUAAAGGGAAUUUGUCCUGCUGGAUUUUUUUUCUAAGAGUCCAUCCCAUUUGCACAGACCUGUUAAAAAUCUGUUUUAUUAGACACGUUUCCUUUGCUUCAAUACUGUAAAGUGUGUGUUUAGAUAUUCAUGAUGAAGUGAAUUCAAACUCAUACAGUCAUAUGAACAUUUAGAAAAUUAGGACACUCUGUGAAAGCCUUUGCCUUUUUUUAAACAUAUUUACACAUAUGGGCUAAUUGAUCUUUAUAUGUACACUUUAUUGCCUGUAAAAGUAUCCACUGGCCUGCACAGCGCUAACGCUCGGAGGAAAGCGCAACUCGGUUCUGAUACAUCAGCUCACAGACGCCUUGUGCUGAUCGACAUCACCCUAGGAGUGAUGAGGGAAAAGCACGCCAUUAGGGCACUGGCAGCUGAUGGCAAGCUGCAUGACCGGGAUUCGAACCAGCAAUCGCCCGUCUUAGUCUGCGGGACCACUCAGAGCCCUAUUUUUAGUUAUAUAAAGCACCAUCUCUCAGUACUAUUUAAAGUAAAAAAAAUCAUCCACAUAAAUGUAUUAUGUUCAAUAAGACAAAGGUUUUUACUGGAUGUCUUUGUAUCCUGUUUGAUUGAUUCACGGCUGUGUGAGACUGAUGUAAGAUCUGAUGUAAGGACUGCAGGAUAUCUACAUGCUGAUUAUUCAUUUAUUCAUUCUCCAUUCGCAGUGACGGAGAGGUGAGAUAUAAAAGGAUAAGGGGUCUUUCAAUAGCCUUCCAUAACAGGCAUGCUGCACUUUAAAGAACACAACUGGAAAUCAUCACACACAGGUGAAUUACUGUAGUUCUGUCUCUGAUGGAAGUUGGUUUAGUGCUUUUUUUUUGUUGCUUAUGGUUCAGAGUCUCUGUGCUUUCCUACUGAGCCGUCCUGUAAAGGGUAAUUCGUCCAAAUAUUCCAGAUUUCAGCCUAAUUAAAGGGGUAAAAUGUGAGCAAAGUUACACAGAGUGGGUUUGGUGUAAGAAAAAGUUACCAGUCCAGACCUAUACAGUUGUUUCCAGUAUUCCAUGACUUUGGCACGUCCCAAAGAAGCUAAAUAUCCAUAUAAGGAUUCCUUAUAAAGCUCAGAUACUGUAACACAUGGUGGUGGUAGCUUCACUGUUGGAAUUUGGAUAGUUAAUAAAAGUAAACUGUGAGUAAAUAGUACACUGAAUAGUAUGUUCCAAACCAAACACCCACUCUGAAUGAUUGUUUGGAGUAUAUGCAAAAAUCAUGACUUUUCCACAACAAUACACAUUAUUACACAUUGUUUUAGGAUGUAAAGUACCAGUCAAAAGUUUGGAUACACAUUGUCAUUAAUAUUUGUUAUUCAUUUGUAUGAUUUACUGCAUUGUAGAUUAAUAUUAAAGACUUAAAAAUACUAUGAAGGAACACAUGCAGUUCGGUAGUAGAUAAAAGUCUGAAGUAAACUCUUUAAAGUGCUGGAUUUUAAAAUACACGCAUUUCUCUCUUGAAAACUCUUGAUUUGGGUGAGUAAAGUGCUUAGAUUUUCAGAUUUCCACUAAGGCCAAGUGCAGUAGCAUUAGCAUUUGCAGCUAACUGCUAGCCGCGGUUAGCGCUAGUAAAUGUCACCCGACAGCGCUACACUGAGUGCUACACUGAGUGUUCCGGUAAGCUAGGGUGAUAUUAGCUAGCGGUUCGUCCCACAUAGCUUGUUUUAACACAUCAAACACACAAACUACAGCCCAAUAUACUCGCAACUGAGUGGCGAAAGAGCUACGCUUAGCAUGGUUAGUGGCUAAUGCUUAUGCUGCUCCAGCAGUGCUAGCCAGGGUUAGCAGCAGACUACAGAUCGAUAAUACUCACCUCUGAGCGACGGAAGAGCUAGCACUUAGCGCAGUUAGCAGCUAAUGCUAAUACUGCUGCCACCUCAGUGCUGGAGAACUAAACUGAAAUUCCUGUAUAACUCUGUACUUCAGUGGACUGACUUUACUGCUCCUUAAUACCUGACUGGUAAAAUUCAUACAUAAGGCGCACUGAUGAUUUUUGGGAAAAUUAAAGGAUUUUAACUGCGCCUUAUAGUGCAAAAAAUACAGUAAAUGAAACAUAGUUUGGCUUGUUUAACAUUUUUUGUUUUACUUCAUGAUUGUAAAUGUGUUUCUUCAUAGUUUUGAAUUCUUCAGUAUUAAUCUAUAAUGUGGAAAAUAAUAAAAAUAAAGGGAAAAUACAUUAAAUGAGAAGGGGUGUGUUCAAACUUUUGACAGGUACUCUAAAUCAGUUGUUUUUGAAAUUAUAUAAAUACAUCUUUUUUUUUUUACAUUGUUUUAAUAUUUCAUGAUGAUUGACCCAAAGGCUUGGAAUAAUUAGGUCUAAUAUGAUUGGAUAUUAAACCCCCUCCUGUUAUGUUGUUGGACUGUAGGUUGUUGGACUGUAGCUGCUGUGUUCAUCACUACUGGACUCUGUACAGGGUUAAGUGUUGACUGUAUGUGUAAAUAUUACUGUAUAUAGCUGUGCGGAUCAGCUCAGCACACAACUCUCAAAUCACCUGACCGACCUUCAGUUUUCUUAUGUAAUAAAGUUCAGUAUCUGUCCUCUG